AUGGAAACUGCUCUCGCGGUGGCACCGAUAGUGCUCUCAGCUGUGCAAGGCUACAGAUCCAUCUUCGAUGUGCUCGAGCGAAUACAACACAGAGUCUUGGGCCAUUUUGCUUCAUCGUUCUGCGAUGUCGUCCACGAGAUAUCGGAGAAACUCGCCGAAAUUGAGAAGAAGCUAUCAAGCCGUCCACCUGGCUGGAUAGCCGCUACCAGACCUCAAUAUCAAGCUAGCUUGAAGGAGCUCAGGGCCUUGACCGAGUCCCUCUCUCGGAUCCGAGACAGAAUCACCACUGCGAAUAAAGAGAGACGUACCGUCCCGAGGCCGACGAUGACGGGAGGCUCUACGCCUGCAAUCCCACAACGUCCCAAAGCCGCCGUUAUCUCAAGUCGUCUCGAAGAGUAUCAGCAGGUCAGAAGCUGGUCGGAAGAAUUGCAUCGUACAUUCUGCCAGAUGUGCAGAGACCAUCGGCACCAUCGGUGUCUCUUCAGUCUCCAGCCGCAAAUCGACCUCGAAACAAGAUCGCUCAGAUUUCACGUGGCGCUGUCCAACUCUGCGGCCGGCCUGAAAACUGAGGAUACGGACUUUGAAUCAUGGAUUUCCGUUGAGACGGGAGCGCAUAAGGGUUCAAGUCGCGGCAAAGAACCAGAGAGAAACGACUUCUUCCCUGUGACUGCAAAAGAGGCCAUGCAAGGAGGCAAAGGUGCCGAGUUGGGGAGACAACUACGCAACCCAAACAUAAAACCAUCGACCGCCCAAAUUCAACUCUGUCGCCAAAUUAGCCGGCUCUCACGCAGUUGCACGACGAGGGAACUGGUGGGAUGCAUUGAGAACCGACUUCGCGUGUACUUUGUCCCACGAGAGCAUAUCAUCUGUUCCGACCUGGCUGGCCCUAGGAGUGUCAAAGCCAUGCUUCAAGACAGUCAAUCCCAGACUUGCGACUUCGGUUUCAACCAGUUUGAGCGCCUCUGUCUCGGUUAUCAACUCGCCAUUGCCACCUUGUUUUUCCAUUCAACGCCGUGGCUACGUUCAACUUGGGAUAUCGGUCAGCUUUUCUUGGUAGAGUCUGCAAGGCUUGCACAUGAUGAACCAAUCCGGAAUUUUGAGCCAUGCUUCGACGUAAUAGUCCCCUCGGAGCCAGGUGAGAGCGUAGCUCUGGCGGGCAACAGCGGCGGAAACACCAUAGACAACCAAUUCCUCUUCAGACUCGGCGUGUUUCUCCUGGAAAUGGCACUUGGACAGCCAUUGGCUCAACUGCCGAAGCCGCCUGGUGUUGAGGACGGCAUGUCGCGGGAUCUCAUUGAUUACUUCACAGCUGUUUACUAUCAGCCGAUGACGAGUAAGGCCAUGGGCCCAGUAUACUCGACGAUAGUGAAGCAGUGUCUCAAGUGCAACUUUUCUUGUCAAUUGACGGAUCUGAGCGAGAAUCUUCUUCAGGUCGACAUCUACAAAGAUGUUAUAUGCAAACUUGGAGCGCUCAAAAACAUAUCAAGGAGUAUCUGGGCAUGGAGAAUUCACAGCCGUGCACUUCAGAGCAAGUGGGCGUUCGACGGAUGGGACUUCGACGGAUGGGAAAGUUCAACGUGCCUUUUCUGUCUAGUGAGUGCUGUGAACAACAUGAACGAUACUUUGGUUGGACAACACUUCUGUCACAGAUGCUACAUAGCAGCUCAUGCAGACAGGAAAGGCAGUGUCUAG